ACCGGAAGUACUCUGCUGCUUUAGGGAAGCUGCUCUUGUUCUAACCUGCUGCAGCUUUAACGACAUGAUUCUACGUAAGAGCCCAGUAGCAGCCCACGAGCUGGUUCAUUAACGACCGUGGCCAUUUAUACAUUCCCGCCACGUGUAUGGGCGACGAAUACAUAUUAUAGCUUAUAAUUUGUUCACUAGUGGACACUUUUGGACCAUUUGGAUAUCACCAGUGCUUGAAUUUACCGUGGAAACAUAAUGAAAAUACAGUGAGAAGACCAACAUCUCCCAAGUUUCACCUGAACUUCCUCCGUCGGAAUGAAGGGACAGAUGGAUGCUCCUCAGGACCGGGGCUGCGUGGUGGGGAUCUGUUUCUUCAUUCUGGGCCUGGGAACGUUGCUACCAUGGAACUUCUUCAUGACUGCCUCACUGUAUUUCCAAGGCCGCCUCAACUCUACAGAAUUCAAAAAUGGCACAGCGUCGGUCCCCGAAGAGUACUACUUCAACAACUGGAUGACUCUGCUCUCCCAGCUGCCCCUGCUGCUCUUCACCCUGCUCAACUCCUUCCUGUACCAGAGGAUAUCGGAGGCAAUGCGUAUCGCAGGUAGCCUGGUCUUCAUCCUGCUGCUCUUCAUCCUCACAGCAGUGCUGGUCAAAGUGCCCAUGGAGGCAGACCGCUUCUUCUCUGUGACCAUGGCAACAAUCUGGUUCAUCAACUCGUUUGGAGCCGUGCUGCAGGGCAGUCUGUUCGGCCUGGUGGGUCUGCUUCCCCAGAAGUACAGCGCCAUCUUCAUGAGCGGCCAGGGCCUCGCCGGGACCUUCGCUGCCAUCGCCAUGCUGCUCGCCAUAGCCAGUGAUGCAGACUCUGAGACGGCAGCGUUGGGUUACUUCAUCACGCCAUGUGUCGGGACGCUGGUCACGCUCUUCAGCUACCUGCUGCUACCCCGACUGGACUUUGCCCAAUAUUACCUGAACAAAAGCAGCAGGUAUGAGCCAGGCACCACAGAGGAGUUACUGAAAGACGGCAGCGCAGUGGAGAACGGCAAGCUGAACGGCCACGCUAACGGCACCGUGACCAGCAGCGCCACCAAGGACGCCAGCGCAGAGAACACUGAGGUGGACACCAGUCAGCACAAGACUCAGCACAGCUUCCUGUCAGAGGAGCAGGUGGAGAAGGGACAAGCCAAGGCCUCCGUCAAAGAGGUCUUCAAGAAGAUCUGGGUGAUGGCGUUCUGUGUGACGUUUGUGUUUACAGUCACUCUGUCCGUGUUCCCUGCUGUGACUGCAGAUGUCAAGACCUUGUUCCCAGGAAAAUGGGACCGCUUCUUCAUCUCCGUGUGCUGCUUCUUGACUUUCAACAUCAACGACUGGUUCGGUCGGACCAUCACCACCUUGAUCCGUUGGCCUAACAAAGAGUCCCGUCUGUUCCCGGUGCUGGUCGUCUCCAGGGUGUUGUUCGUCCCUCUGCUGAUGCUCUGUAACGUCCAGGGUCGCAAAUACCUUCCUGUUUACUUCAGCCACGACGCUGCUUUUUCCAUCAUCAUGGCGCUCUUCUCUCUGUCCAGCGGCUACUUCGUCUGCCUUUCCAUGUCCUACGCACCACAGCUGGUGGAGCCGAAGGACGCAGAGACCGCAGGAGCCCUGAUGACCUUCUUCUUAGCCCUGGGCCUGUCCAUAGGAGCCGCCCUGUCCUUCCCUCUGAGAGCCCUGGUCUAAUCACACACACACACACACACACACACACACAGGAGGAGAGACCACACACAGAUUAAGAGGAGAAUAUGAUAAAUAUUUGUUUUUUUUCCGUCAGUCUGUCCCUCCUGGGUGACCUAGUUGUGUUCUUUCAUCUGUCAGGUGCUGUGUGUGUUGUUGCCUUGACAACCAAGCAUUCUGAGUGAAGCUGUAAAAAGCAGCUCAUCGAGUGUUUUGGUCAUAAAUGACUGAAAAGAUUCCCUUUGAAAGUAGGAAUAAGGGAGGUACUGUAUGUUACUAUGGUACCAUGACUGCCUGCUGUUUAUGUGACCUGCUGCUAACCUAAACCCACAGGCUGGACCACAUGUCCUCUCUGUGAGACUUAUUAGUUUGAUUUUUUUUUUAUGUUCACUGUUGUGUUGUUGUAACUCAUUUUAGGGCAUUAUCCCCUAUUUUUUUUAUCAUUAUUAUUAUUAUUACUACUUGAUUGGUUGCUUGAAUGAUUCCUCUUUGUUCCCGUACUGACAAUAGGUAUUUUUGACGUAGUUUUCUUUGAAUUAUUUUCUAUUGAAGUACUGUAGCUCUGUGUUACAGAAGUAGAACAAACAAACAAACAAAACUUUUAUAACAUGGUUCGGUAAAUUAAAAAUGGAGGGUUAAUGGCCUGUCUUAUGGGCAUGUAUGGAUUACUGAACGUCGGGGGGGCGGUCUCAGGGGCCCAGGUGGCCCCUCAUCUGAAGAGACGCAAAAUAUCCACAAAGGAUUUUGAUCGGACCGCAGAGAUGGGCCUCAUUGUAGUCUCACGUAGCCAGAACUAGGAUUGUCUCGGGCGGUCCCCGUUGUUCAGUAAUUCCUCCACGCUCAUGGGACGUUUUUGCCAAUUCCUGUUGGUCUUCACCUCCCUGUCCCCUCUCAGUACAAAGCUGCAGCACCAGCAUCAACGCUGCCAUCUGCUGGUCCUUCACAGCUUCAUGUCCUUUGUUGAAAAACAUCAAAGACUGCUGUAGCAUUGUGAGCUCACAGGUUAUAGGACCGACGACAGGAAACGACAGGACCACAGAGCUCAGGUGAACCGCUUAGACGAGUACGACCACGUUCUG